AUGAAAGCAUAAAAUACAUUUAUGUAGGUAGUUAAAGAAUACUUUCCUUAGCAUUUAGCAACUAAAGUUCCCUAAAUAAAAAGAAUAGAUGGCAAAAAUGUUCCAAAUCCAUAAAAUAAAAAAACUAGAGUUAAAUCUGAUAAGCUAGGAAUGGUAAUAAAAUCAGAUCUUGAAAAUAAGGCUAUACUUCCAAUUGUAAUGAACACAAAUCCCAAAUGA